AUGUGGGCUUCAAGCUUUGUAUAUUUGGUCUUUUGUGGAUUUAUUCUAGCAUAUCAAAAAGAAAAGACUCAACAAAAUUUCAUCGAUAAGCUAAGUGAAGAAGAGAAUGAGAGUUAUGGGCAAGAAGUUAGGAUAGUCGGCGGUCGACUAGCUACCUGCGAGGAGUUCCCGCACCAAGUUAACUUUGUUGUCAACAACACCUAUUUCUGCGGGGGAUUCAUUGUACACGAAAGAUUCAUUCUGACAGCCGCACACUGUACACAGAAUGUCGAUCCGUCUACUAUCGUAUUAAGGACAGGUAGCUCAUACCGAACGAACGGUUCAAUAGUCCCGAUAGAAGAAGUGAUAUCAAAUCCAGAAUAUAAUGAACCACCAUUUGACAAGGAUAUAGCUGUGCUAAAGACGGCUACGCCUAUUGAGUUUAAUUCAUGCACACAGCCUAUAGAGUUGCCUAUCAGAGGUUUCUCACCAUUGGCCGGGUCUGAAUUGACUGUCAGUGGUUGGGGACGCACUAGGCAAGGAGCAACAACGCUACCGGAGAGGCUCAUGGCAGUCAAUUUAACGAUUGUUGACCGCAUGCUUUGUACCGUGGCUUAUAUGACUACGUUCACAGACAACAUGUUCUGUGCGGGAAAUUUUCUAUUGGGCGGGAAAAGCGCUUGUCAGUACAAUAUUAUCUUUAUUGAAACUAGGGUGACUCAGGCGGUGUUGGUGCGGUGGAUGGCGUGGCCCGGGGAGUUGUGUCUUACGGGCGCCGCUGCGGCCAACGACUAG